AAUCAGCGCCAUCUAGACCAUCACCACGUCACUUUAGAAUACGAAGUAAUGUACAACAUGGAAUGAUAUUGUCAAUAAGCAUGUGUGUCCUAAUGGCAGUCACCGUGCAGAAUGGAUAGUCAAAUAUGACAUAAAUGGGCAUGUAAGAUGUCCACGACAUAACCGCUGUCAUUUCGCAGAUAUUAGACAACGAAAUUAUCCAAGUGAACGAGUCAGCCAUUUUUGUUUGAUCUACGAAUUAGUUCUUGUUGAUCAUUUCUGAUAGUGACAUCUCGACUGUGAUCGUCUCAUCAACUCACGCAGACAACCUGCAGGAUGAGUCCACCAAAUGGCAUCUACAUUAUUCAGGGAGAGAUCUCCCUGGUUGUCACGGCGAUGAGGAGGACAUCGCGAUGGGCAACACAUACACAUCAUCAGGAUGAAGACAAUGAUCCAUUGUUUGGCAGCUUCUCACAGCUUAAAGAUGUUCUCAACAACAUCUCAGAUCUGGAUGAGCUUGAGCCUAAUGUUUUUCUGAGCCCUUUCCUUGAAGUUAUCCGAUCUGAGGAUACAACAGGGCCCAUUACAGGACUUGCUCUCACCUCCAUCAACAAAUUUCUCUCCUAUGGCUUAGUUGUUCCAACUCGGGAGUCUGCCUCAGCUGCCAUAGAGAAUAUAGCAGAUGCUGUUACCCAUGCAAGAUUUGUUGGCACCGACCCUUCGUCCGAUGAAGUUGUCCUCAUGAGGAUAUUAUAUGUGUUGAGGACUCUGCUGCUGUGUCCGGCCGGCAUCCUGCUCACUAAUGAGUCUGUGUGCGAGAUCAUGCAGUCCUGCUUCCGAAUCUGCUUCGAGAUGAGACUCAGUGAGCUGUUGCGGAAGUCAGCUGAGCACACCCUCAUGGACAUGGUUCAACUGUUGUUUACACGACUACCACAGUUCAAAGAGGAUCCCAAGUGGAGUGCAAACAUGAAGAAGUUGAAGAUGAGAGCUGGUGGGGUGGACCCAACACGGAUGUCAAAAAGGAAACGUUCUCCAAAACCUCGCCCCAAACGAUCUCACACCAACACGCAGCAACCCACAGACAGUCCCCAGGGUCAUGCCUCUAUAGCAGAGGGUGUGGAGGAGCCAGUAGAACAGCCAGAGGUUAUGGAUACCUCAUCCUUUGAACAUAUAACGACAGACAGAAUCAUUGCCACAACACCUGUAGCACCCAAUGGAGAAGGGGUUAUUGAUAUUACUAGGAGUUUUGAGGCUGCGUCCAAGGCUGAGGAAUCCCAACAACAUACUACACAGACAACAGUUGUAGAAGCCCCAGAACAACUUCCAGCAGACCAGUCUGCAAGGGACCGUCCAUCAGACGAAGCGCCCGAGAACAAGGCACCAGAGGACAAAGCAUACAGGCUCCCUGCAGUAACACUUACAUUGCCAGAAGAUGGUUACCACCUAAAGCAGAAAUCAGCGAGUGACUCUGAGCUGUACUCUGAAGGCGGGGAUGACACAGAAUCUAUAAACUCCACAGCAGACUCAGUGGACACAUCCUCGGUCCAAGACAGCGAGUUCAUCAAUCCUCGGGGUGUCCGCUUCACUCAGCAUCACUAUAUGAAGAAGGUCAGUUCUGGCCCUCUCAUUCCCUAUGGUCUGCCCUGUGUUCGAGAACUGUUCCGAUUUCUUGUGUCUCUCACCAACCCCAUUGACCGCCACAACACUGACGUCAUGAUCCACAUGGGCCUCAGCUUGGCAACUGUGGCACUGGAGGCUGGUGCAGACCACAUCAGUUCAUUCAACUCUCUCUUGUAUCUCGUCAAGGAUGAGAUGUGCAGGAAUCUCUUCAUGCUCCUGCAGGCCGAGAGGCUGUCCCUGUUUGCUGCGUCUCUCCGAGUCUGUUUCCUGCUGUUUGAGUCCAUGCGCUCACACCUCAAGUUCCAGCUGGAGAUGUUCCUGACAAAAUUGAGUGAAAUUAUUGUUUCCGAAUCACCCAAAUUGUCGUACGAAGUUCGUGAGAUUGCCCUGGAGUCUGUGGUCCAACUGUGGAGGAUCCCUGGCCUCGUCACAGAACUCUAUCUCAACUAUGACUGUGACCUGUACUGCUCCAACCUCUUUGAAGAACUCACCAAGCUCCUUUCAAAGAAUGCAUUUCCAGUGUCAGGGCUGUUCACCACACACCUGCUGUCUCUGGACGCUCUCCUGACCGUAGUGGACAGCAUUGAGCAGCACUGCCACAGUCGCAUCCUCACCUCUACCAAAACAGCCAGCAGCAGCAUCGACACUGACCCCAAGCAGCAAGACACAGCAGCUAGCCAGGCUGAAGGAAGUGACCAGUCUUCUGGUUCAGUGGAGGCUGAUGUGGGUGGGGAGAGCAAACUUGUCGGACCCCCCACCACAGGGUAUGGCAUGGCACAGCACAUCAUAAAGGGAAGUCUCACAGGUGGUGAUGCCUCCAAGACUUCAAAGACAAAGGAACCCAAGCGAGGACCACAUAUCAAACCCAACAGGAUGAAGAUUACAUCCAAAAUACCCUCACUUGAAGAACUGGCUGCUAUCAAGCACAAGAAAAAGUUGUACCAGACAGGGACGGAGCUGUUCAACAUGAAGCCAUCUAAAGGCAUCCUGUUCCUCCAGGAGCAAGGCCUGCUAGACUCACCCCUCGACCCAGGACAGGUCGUCAUGCUGUUCAAGGAAAACCCGAAGAUGGACAAGAAGAUGAUUGGAGAAUAUGUCAGUAAUAAGAAAAAUAACAAAGUGCUUGAAGCAUUUGUCAAAUCCUUCAACUUUGAAGAUAUCCGAAUAGAUGAGGCACUGAGGAUGUACCUGGAAGCAUUCCGCCUCCCUGGUGAAGCCCCAGUCAUCUCCUACUUGAUGGAGCACUUUGCAGACCACUGGCAUAAAACCAAUGGAGAGCCGUUUGUCAACAACGAUGCAGCCUUUACACUGGCCUAUGCUGUGAUAAUGCUGAAUGUGGACCAGCACAACCAUAAUGUCAAGAAGCAGAACAUACCCAUGACAGUGGAGCAAUUUAAGAGGAAUGUGUCCAAAACAAAUGGCGGUCAAGAUUUUGAGUCUGAUAUGCUGUGUGAAAUAUAUGCAGCCAUCAAGUCUGAUGAGAUUGUAAUGCCUGCAGAACACACAGGUCUAGUCAAGGAGAAUUACAUGUGGAAGGUUCUGCUGCGUCGAGGUUCAACCAAAGAAGGGGUAUUCCGCCAUUCCCCAACAGGAGCAUUCGACCACGAGUUGUUUUCUCUCAUUUGGGGGCCCACAGUUGCUGCUCUGUCAUUUGUCUUUGACAAGAGCACUGACGAGUCUAUCAUACAGAAAGCAAUAUCAGGUUUCAGGAAAUGUGCAAUGAUCUCCGCUCACUACGGCAUGAGUGAUGUGUUCGACAACCUUGUGAUAUCCCUGUGUAAAUUCACUACACUACUCAGCUCGAUUGACGCCCCCGAAAACAUUCCAGUUACAUUUGGCGUCAACUUCAAGGCUCAGCUAGCUGGCCGCACUGUAUUCGGGUUGGCACACAGACAUGGGGAUAUACUGAGAGAAGGCUGGAAGAACAUCCUGGACUGUAUGCUGCAACUGUUCAGAGCCAAACUCCUGCCAAAAGCCAUGAUAGAGGUUGAAGACUUUGCAGAUGCAAGUGGGAAAAUUUCCAUUGUAAGAGAAGACAAUACAGCAAACCAAAGAUCUGAUUCGGGAGUGCUGAGCAGCUUCUACUCCUACUUCUCCCUAUCGGAGUCGUCCAAUCAAAAGGGACCAUCACUAGAAGACCAGGAGUCCAUCAAACAGGCUCAGAGCUGCAUCCGUGACUGUCACCUUGACCAGCUCAUCAUUGACAGCAAGUUCCUCAGAGAAGAUUCACUUCAGGAACUGGUUAAGGCACUGAUCGUGGCAUGUCAGGGCUCUGAGGAUGGCUCCACAAUGGGGCUCCAGUAUGAUGAAGAUGCAGCAGUGUUUUUCCUGGAGCUGCUCAUUAAGGUGGUGCUACAGAACAGAGAUCGUGUGAACCCAAUCUGGCAGGCUGUGAGGGACUUUCUCUACAAUGUGGUUGUCAAUGCUAAUGAACACACCUUCUUAAACGAACGUGCUGUAGUUGGACUGCUGCGAUUGGCUGUGAGAUUAUUACGGAGAGAAGAAAUUGCUUCUCAGGUGCUCACAUCGCUCAGGAUAUUAAUGAUGAUGAAACCAAAUGUGAUACACAGUAUAAGUCGCCAGGUGGCGUUCGGACUUCAUGAAUUGUUGAGGACUAACGCAGCAAACAUUCACUCCAGCCAGGACUGGUAUACUCUGUUCAUGUUGCUGGAGAUAGUCGGGGCGGGAGCUAAUCCUCCACCUGUCAUGCAGGUGUGUUCUGGUGUAGAUGUAGGCGAGGCCAUUCACGAUGCAGGUGCCCAGAGUGACAGUGAAAUAGUCAGUGAAAGCUGCAUAUCGGAGCUGAGUGACCGGGGGUACACGUCUGACAGUGAGCUGUAUGAGAGUCAGAGUAAGCAUCACCAUCAACGGGGGCAGGCAGAACUACAGCUCAGGCCAAUACCAGACAAUGGCAGCUGGCUGCUGGUGAACAAAGAGGAGUCCAGCAACCCUCAACCUCCACAACGCAAGAAGUCCAACCCAAUCAACCAGUUCAGCAUCGACUUGAAUGAAGAACUCCAUUACUGUGAUAGCAAAGCCCUUCUCAAGUCGUCGGAAACACUCUCAUUCCUUGUACGAGAUGCUGCUCAUGUUACCCCUCAUAACUUCGAAAGCUGUGUUCAUGCCAUCCGGACGUUUGUGGAAGCAAGUGUUAACGGAGGUCAUCUGAAGUCUUCAUUACCUCAAAACAAAGAAAGAAGAUCACAUAGGAUUCCCCGAUCAAAGAGAAACAGCAUCAAGUUGAUGAAGAAGUCCCAGUCGUCUCCGAGCGAGUUAUCUCACAUGACUAACUCCGAUGAUGAGGGUGAUGGUGAUGGAAUGACCGCUGGCCUGCACUCACUGUCGAUACAGCUGCUGGAUCUCAUGCACACGUUACACACACGGGCAGCUACCAUCUUCAGCUCCUGGGCGGAGGAGGAAGAAAAAGAGGAAGAAUCUGUGAAGAUUGAUGCAGGGACCAGCACACUAUGGGGCAAGUGUUGGUGUCCCCUCCUGCAAGGUAUUGCUCGGUUGUGCUGUGAUGGCCGACGGGGGGUGCGAAGCCAGGCUCUGACCUACCUUCAGAGGGCGCUGCUCGUACACGACCUGCAGACUCUGUCAGCUGUAGAGUGGGAGGCCUGCUUCAAUAAGGUGUUGUUCCCACUGCUGACGAAGCUGCUGGAGAACAUCAACCCUCAGGACCCUGCUGGUAUGGAGGAGACACGCAUGAGAGCAUCAACUCUGCUUUGCAAGGUGUUCCUGCAACAUCUGACACCACUGCUGUCGCUGACAACGUUUCAGCGGCUAUGGCUGACUAUACUUGACUUCAUGGAGAAGUACAUGAAAGCUGAUCGUAGUGACUUGCUGUCGGAAGCUAUUCCGGAGUCCCUGAAGAACAUGCUGCUGGUGAUGGAUACAGCUGGAAUCUUCCAGACCGGAGAUGGACGAGAGUCACAGUUCUGGAAACUCACCUGGGACAAAAUAGACACCUUCUUACCUCAUCUCAAAGAAGAGCUCUUCAAGCCAUUUGAACCUGAACACAGACAUAUAGACCGAACUGCAACAAGUCCACCUGCAGCUUCUCAGGCUGAGUAUGUUGAGAGUCUGCCUACAUCACAAGCACCUGCUGCCCAGGCUGCCCCUCAACCAGCAGAAGACUGUCCCCCACUGGAGGGUAUCACUGUCAUCAAGGACACACGACCAGAAUACACUGUGCCAUCUCCUCCUCGUCCCAGCAGCCCGCUGAUGUCGAAUCCAGACCCGUCUCCUGCCGGCACCUCCUACAUCCUCCAACCACCCUUGCCAACAGUUACCUCCCUUUCGUCCUCCCAGCCUAGUCCUCCAGAUAGCGGAGAGUCCUCGUCACCUGGUCAGCGACAGCCAAUGAUGUUGGGGACCUCGUCCAGACAGUCCCCUGUCAUUCAUACAAUAUAACCACACUUCAUUGUCCUGUACCAACAGAAGAUCAACAUCACUCUCAUUAGGAUGACUUGAAGCAAACACCUGCUCCAGUAAUAGGAAUCCUGCCUUUUAGAAUCCUGCAUGUUAUACACAGACGUUAAAUGAUUCUGCAGAUAAGCUGUCUGGUGUCUGCAAAGUCCGUGGGUUUUAUUUCAUGAUGCGAGGAGACGGUUGUUGAGGUGUAACGCCAGUUCAUGGUGAUGUUCGUGGAGACAGGAAGGUACUCUCCAUCUUCAUCUCCACUACACGAUUAAAAACAGGAGACUUGACCUUGUUGAACAAGUCUUCUAUCAUUCUUGUGAACAGUGUUCCCCUUACUGUUGACAGGCUAAUGGUAGCCAAACAAGAACCAUUGUCCAUUCCCAACUACUAGUAUUUGUUAUUCACGUGGAUUACAUAAGAUUAGCACAGGCAGUAUAAUGUAAUCAAAAGUUAAGCCCCAGUGGUCCGAUUUGACAGCCAAAACAAGACCAUAUGUUUGAUGCUUGUUAGAAGUGACACCUUCGUAUUUGCAACAAUAUUGACAUUUUUUUACUUUUCACAAGGUUAAGGUCAUGUCAUAUAAGCCAUCAUGUCCGUCACACAAAUGGCAAAUGUGCUUUUUGUUUUCUUAAAAAACAUUUUAUGGGAUCAAUUGGACAAACUGCAUUUAUUUCAUAUUGGAAGUUGUAUUUAAAGGGUAAUUAUGUACACACGAAAUUGUAAUGAUUUUAUGGUUUUUGUAAUGUCCAGUCUUGUUUGAUAUUAGAGUCGAGAAUUUGACUCUUAUGCAUGGAAAGUAUUUCAGGAAAGAUAAAAAUGUUGGUACUCUUGGAGUACUUAGUACUUUUAUGCACAACCUCAAACAUUAGAUUAUUUAUUUACUUCACAUAUGCAAUGUAUAAUAAUCAGAUUAAUAUAUUUUACCACACGCAUUUUGUAUGAUCUAUCUCAUACAAGUGUAUAAAUUUAAAAGGAAAAGGUCUGUGGAAGUUGUCAUGGCAGACCUUAGAUAUGUUUGCUUUAAUCUGAUGGAUUAGAAUUGUCCUGAGUUUACACAUUGUGUUAUAAUAAUGACUGCUUUGGUGAAAGUCAUUUUGUAUUACUGCAAACACAAUUGCUUUUAGGGAUGUGGUUUGUGUUUCAUAUAUAUUUCUCGUCAGUUUCAUCAGAUUGUGAGUAUAUCAUCAUUUGCCAUGUCUCUAUCCUCUUUUCAAGCUGGCAUGGUGAUAGCCUCUUACGCUUCUGAAUAACGGUUUAUGUUUUCCUUUUCGGCAUAGCUUAAACUGAGUUAGACAAUGUACGUCACAGUUUAUCAGUCAUAAGGUUGUGUCUGUGAUUGUGAUUCAUUAUCUGUGCUGAGGGUUAUUAAAGCUAUUGUUCCAAGUCAUAUGUGACUGUUACUUUUUUCCCCCAAACUACAUGUUGGAUUAAGUGAACCAUUCUUGUAACAAUUCAGACCAAGAUUUGGUUUCUUAAAGACAUCAUAAACACCAUUUGACAAACUAAAUUAAACACUAUUUGAAGUUUUAAGAUCAUUCUCAGAAGUCUCAAGCUUCAGGAAACAGAAAUGUCUGAAUGAGAAUAAUCAUAGGUAAUGUUAUCAGAAGAUGCUCAACUUUGUGACGAUAUUGCAUGAACAGUGUACACAACAUAUAUACUACUCGAAAAAGGUUAAGAAAUGCUGAUGUUCUUUACAUCUUGUGAGUAGUUUACAUUGGGAAUGAAAUGGCAUGAGUGUUUUAAUGUAUCACAAACAAUUCCAUGUUUGUGUUGGGUGAGCUUCCUGGCACUUGGGACUACUUAAUGAUAUAUAUUAAUGGUCCAUUUGGCUGGGAGUUUUGUGUCCAUGCAGUAGUAAUGUUCUGUGAUUGAUGUUCGAAUUUGUUUAUCACAAAGCAGCCAUUCACACUGUAACCACACACAUAUUUGUUUGGGAACGUUUUCAAACUGCAUCUAAGCAUGCUAAAUUUGGGAUUAUUGCAAGAUCUAAACUUGGGAUUUUUUCUUAAUACCUACCUUACAACAGCUUGCAAAACAAGUGUUAGAUUCUAGUCAACCUAACUCUAUUGUGUCAAAAAUAACUGUAAUUUAUUAUUUGUAAUAUUUCAUCUAUGAUAAUUUGUUAGCAACCUCUGCCAAGAGUAUUUGUGGAAAUAAUUAGAAACAAAUUAAGAUUCUCAUCAACACUUGAUUCUGAUGAAGAAAUACGACUGUUUGUGACGUAUUCAAGAUGCAAGUUAUUAUUCCCCAAUACAGUGAACCUAUUUAAAAAAUUUUUUCAGCAAAACAUCAUGUGUUUUACAAUUUGUUCAAACUAAAAUGAAUGAAAUGAGUAACAACGGAUAUUUGAUUACUUUCCGGUUGUGAACUAAGUCAUAUCUGCAAAAAUUGGUAAUGUUCAAGUACAAUUUCAUAUCUCUUCACAUAAACUAGUCCUUUGGUAUACUACCCAGUUAUGUUCAUGACAAGCAAUCCCAGAUUUUGCCACUAACGCAUGUGCAGUAGGUUGCAUUGUAUUUUAUUUUAUUGAGUAAACUUCAGAGUAGUACGAAACGUACACAUUCUGUACUGGAGGCUGCCUCUUUUUGUACAUAUCACUCAUUAUUUAAAAUAAUCAUUUGUAGAUAGAUUCCUCAUUGUUGCCAAAUCAAACUAUGUUUGAAUUUCAAUUUUAAGAAUCAGACUUUUGAUUCUUCCUAUAAUAUAUAUUGCAGUGUCACAAACAUGUUAAAGGUCGAGUCAUAAUGUACAGGUUCAUGUGUAGAUUGUCUUGUCAGUUACUAGUUUGUGCCUGCAUUACCGCAGUGGCUAGCCAAUACCCAGGCAUUGUAUAAUGUAGACACUUCCAUAUGAUCUUGGGUUAUGGUAUUUCCAUGUAGUUUGAGUAAAGCUUUUUUAGUGUAUGCAUUGUUAAUUUUCUCUUUAGGGAUGCAGGUGUCCAAGUCACAUCUCUGCAUAGUUGCCUCCCCUAGAUAUGUCAGGAUGCACUGGUUCCAUGCCAGAUUUGCAAAUUGUUAACCACGAUCUGUCAGCACGUAUGAAUGCUGGUUACUUCCAGGUUACCUGACACAUUGAGCGGACAGGCCA